AUGGCCGAGAAGCUUUUCCGUGCAGGAGCCUCGGAGCUGGCCGCCUCGGGGUCCCUGUCCAACGUGCUCUCGUCCGUGUACGGGGCGCCCUACGCCGCGGCCGCGGCCGCUGCUGCCGCAGCCCAGAGCUACGGCGCCUUCCUCCCCUACGCCGCGGAGCUGCCCAUUUUCCCGCAGCUGGGCGCUCAGUAUGAGCUGAAGGACAGCCCCGGGGUGCAGCAUCCGGCCGCGGCCGCUGCCUUCCCGCACCCGCACCCCGCUUUCUACCCCUAUGGCCAGUACCAGUUCGGAGACCCGUCCCGUCCCAAGAACGCCACGCGGGAGAGCACCAGCACGCUCAAGGCCUGGCUCAACGAGCACCGCAAGAACCCCUACCCCACCAAGGGCGAGAAGAUCAUGCUGGCCAUCAUCACCAAGAUGACCCUCACCCAGGUGUCCACCUGGUUCGCCAACGCGCGCCGGCGCCUCAAGAAGGAGAACAAGAUGACCUGGGCGCCCCGCAGCCGCACGGAUGAGGAGGGCAACGCUUAUGGGAGUGAGCGCGAGGAGGAGGACGAGGAAGAGGACGAAGAAGACAGCAAACGCGAGCUGGAGCUGGAGGAGGAGGAGCUCGGGGGGGAGGAGGAAGACACGGGGGGCGAGGGCCUGGCCGACGACGACGAAGACGAGGAGAUCGAUUUGGAGAACUUAGACGGCGCGGCAGCGGGGCCUGAACUGGCCCUGGCCGGGGCGGCGCACCGGGACGGCGACCUGGGCCUGGGACCCAUCUCAGACUCCAAGAACAGCGACUCUGACGACAGCUCCGAGGGCCUGCAGGAGCGUCCACUGCCGGUCCUCAGUCUGGCCCCUGCGCCGCCGCCUGUGGCCGCGGCCCCGCGGUCCCCGCCCUCGCCCCCCGCGGGCCUGGACCCCUGUGCGCCGGCCCCCGCGCCCGCCUCCGCGCUCCAGAAGCCCAAGAUCUGGUCCCUGGCCGAGACGGCCACUAGCCCCGACAACCCGCGCCGCUCGCCCCCGGGGGCAGGGGGCUCUCCCCCCGGGAGCAGCGCCCUAAAGGCCCACCUUUCUCUCCCGCUUCGCUUAGAUCGCUGUAGUGCCUUGGAAGUGGAGAAAAAGUUGCUCAAGACAGCUUUCCAGCCCGUGCCCAGGCGGCCCCAGAACCACCUGGACGCCGCUCUGGUCUUAUCGGCUCUCUCCUCGUCCUAG